CUCCAUACGACCUUCUAGUUUAUCUGUGUCAAAGCUCUGAGUGUGGAAAAAGCAGUGAGACUCUUGAAAUCUACAAAUCCCUCCCCAUGUCGGCUUCUCAGCCCCGCCCCAAGCGGGCAGGUGAGGACUUCACCCGCACACACCACGAGGACGAAGACGGCUCGUCAACCAAAAAGCCUCGCUUUGACCUUCGAAACCCCUCCGCUCUCGCCCCCGAUGCACUGGAGGAGGAUGCGGUCUUAGACGCCGACGAAAUUGGUCGCCGUGGACAACAAGUACGCCGCAGAGCCGUCAACUUGGACGGGUACGAUUCCGACAGUGAGAAUGAGGGCUUCUCAGCGCGCAUCGAGGCCAAGUCAAAAGCCAGCCGAGAGAAGCACGACGCGGAGGAUGAUGAUAUGUUCGCCGAAUUACAGGAAGACUUUGGAGCGGAGGAAAUCGAUGCGGAUGAAGCCAUGCGCAAAAACAAGAAGAACGUCCGCUUCCUCCGAGAUGAUGAGAUCGAAGGACAGGUUGCGUCGUCAAAGAGUGGCGGGACAGUCCAUGCAGAUUUCACCAAAGGUGCGGACACGAUUGACAACGAGGAGGACGAAAGUGAAAGUGAAGUGGGAGAUGAAGAGCGCGCCAAACCUGACGAGGAGCUGGAUGAGGAAUUGGGUGCAGGUGCAAAGAAGAAGCAUGCUCCACUACUAGACGCUUUCAAUAUGCGCACCGAACAAGAAGAAGGCCGCUUCGAUGACCAAGGAAAUUAUGUCCGAAAGGCUGCAGAUCCCGACGCAGUUUACGACACGUGGUUGCAGGGAGUGUCCAAGAAGGAUAUUCGGCGCGCAAAAGAGGCUUCAGACAAACGGGAGGAGGAGCGCAAAGAGAAAGAGCGCAAGGACGAUAGCGUGCUUACCGCGGACGUCCUAAAAACCUUGAUUACCCAUCUUGAACGAGGCGAGACGAUCCUGGAGGCUCUCGCGAGGAUAGGAAAGGGCGCCCAGAAGAAGCAAAAAUGGCAAACCAAUCGCAAUAAGAACCGCAAAAAGCAAAGUGACGCUGCCGAGGAUGCGGAGAUGACGGAGGACGACCCGAAGGAGGUGGCUAGAAAGCAGGCCAUUGAGGAAAUUACAGGUGCUGCCGACAUCCUUAUGACCAGGGGGCAGGCAGAGAUCUAUGACACCGAACGUGAGAUGCUCACGAGGCAGUAUCGCCGCGAGACAGGCGAGGACUGGAUUGACCCUCAAUCUGCAGACGGCAGCCCUGGACAAGACUCCCCCGCAAUGUGGGAGUUCCGAUGGUCCGAUGCCCGGGAUGGUGGCAUUAUACACGGCCCAUACGACGGGCCUACGAUGGAGUCCUGGAGGAACGCAGGGUACUUUGGAGAAGGGGUCGAGUUUCGCCGAACAACCGACGACAGUCAGUGGAACAGCACAGCUACCUUCGUAUGAGGCUGGCUCAAUCAGUAUCCAUGUCAUGAGGCGAAUAUUGUAACUGUAAAUUAGCACUGUCGGAUACCCGGGUUCUUGGG